CUUGCAACGGCUAGCAUGAUGAAAUCAGCUCCCUUAACGAAUCAGACUCGAAUGGCAGGUCCAAUCGGGACAACUAUGUUUUGCGGCAAGCGGCUCGAACGGCGCACCCCGAAGGGCGAAUCAACAUCUUAUCGCGAGGCGCGCCCAAAAUAAAGGGCGAAGAACAAAUUUGAGAAAGUGUCUGAAUCUGAACCGUGGCUCCAUCCAGAGUCUGAGGCUCAUUUCAGAGCAAUGCUCUUAGAACACACUACACUGUACAGGUUUCAGGCCCGCGACGGCGAUGAGCCUGGUUGCGCGGCUCCUCCUCCUCCUCCUCCUCAUCAUCAUCAGCAGACCCAAAUGCCUGUCGGCCUUACGACACAACUGCUGGACAACCGCACGAAACAACCACACGGGACAGCCCGCCAGCCAGCGCCCCCAGCGCCAAAGGUGAACACCGAGCUGGACAAUCGCGGAACAAUCCGCCUCCCUGGAACUUGCGGAGCCUGCCCUCGGCCACGGCUGGAGACUCUCUCGCCCGCGCGAAGAGCUUCUCCGUGCCCGCACGCUCGAGGCAAUCUGGAGCCGAAACGCUUCCGCGGCGGCGGCUCUCCAGUUCACCCCGACCUCAGAUGCUGGUAUUGAGCGAAAGCGGCAUCGCAUCGCAGCCCCACAGUUUCCUGAAAUUGUGCGCCCAAUCGAAUCAUUCACAACUGUGUGUGGGCGCGCUGCCACGCACGGAUAGCUCACGGAGGAAAGACUGACCAUGAUACACUCUGCGCCUCGAAGACUACCAUUGAGUGGUUGUUGCGAUCGUAAAAUAUGCCAAGCUUGCCAUCGUCCAAAACUGUGAGUGACGAAUAUCCCGCCGAUUUUCCCCAGACUACCGUGUGGUCCUGCCACGUGGACCCCUGAUCGCUUGACGACCAGACUUUGAGGCGAUUGCGGAGGAGGUCGAGGUCUGGAUCUGGGUGGCUGAAAUAAAGCUUCUUCGUGCCCGGGUGGUAGACGAGCGAUCCCUCGCAGCCUCGUAUCGGUUCUGGGAUCUCCUUGACUUCCCAGCUUGGGCCCCACGUCAUGCCUCCGUCUUCCGAGAGUGACUGCAGCCGAUGACCUUUGCCCGUGAUCCCCGAAGGAAUGUUCGGUGAGUUGCGCACGCUGGCGAGAAGAACAGGCGUACCGUCGCACGUGAAGGUUCCAGUUUCUGCAAUCGUCCACUCACCGGAGCCGGCGCCGCCCAAAUAUCUUUCACCUGGCACAAGACCGCCCAUCUGCCAGGACGCGCCCUUGUCGUCGCUGUAGACGGUGUACACUCCUGCUGAAUAGAUUGGGAUUACAAGCCGGCCUUUGACGGGACCUGCGGAGAGCUGGAUGCCACCUGCAUGUCCUGUUCCAGACGCAGUCAGGCUCCGCUGGAGAGAAGGCUUGUGAAUGGGCUCGGACCAGGCAGGACAAGCCAUCGUCGGCGGAGUGCGACAGGAAUAGCUGGGAGUUGUUGCGCGUGUGGAACAGCCAGAUGGUUCCUGUAGAGGCGUCCUGCACCCAAUUACCAUCUCCGACGGUUAUCCACUGCGACUCCGUGCUGUUCCUGUACAUGAGCAUCGGCUCUGCCCACGUCUUGCCGCCAUCGAUGGAGCGGCGUAGCCAAAGGUCUAUAAAUCCGUGGUCGGCGCAGCUGUACUUGCGAGCCUCGAUCAUCGCCAGCAGCGUACCAUUCACCGUCUUGAGGAUUGUGGGGAUCUUGAAGCAACCGUAACCGAGAUCCCCAGGACAGAACAAGUCCGUGUUGUUCGCAUCGGCUGGUAGGCAACCUGGCUUAGGCGACGGCGGAAAUCCUGCCUUAAUGGCGGCGUCCGAACUUAACAAGGUUGCAAAGAAGACGACGAGCGAGAAUUCCCUCAGCAUCUCUCUUGAAUAUAUCACUUAGCUCACUUGAUCAACAUGGC